AUGGAGACUGAUCCUGAAAAGAACGAAAAGAAACAAGGAAUUGUAAUUCAAACUGACAUUGAGUCCAUCAUUGACAAUGAGUCUCAUGAUGGAAGUACUGUUGGAACAUCAGAGGAUUACACUGAUCACUUUAUGCACGAUAAGAAAUUGAAGAAAGCUUUAAACUCAAGACAUCUUUCAAUCAUUACUGUGGUCAGUGUUUUCGGUACCGGUUUAUUUUUAAGUUCAGGUGGUACUUUAGCCAAGACUGGUCCUGUAGGUAUCAUUAUCUGUUAUAUCGCUGUGGGUACUAUUGUCGCUGCAUCUCAAAUGUGUAUGGCAGAGUGUAGUUGUCUUGCACCUUUCACUUCUGGUUAUAUCAGACAUGCCAAUAUGUUUAUAAGUCCUUCUUUAGGUUUCACUUUGGGAUGGAUCGAUGUCUACGGAAGUAUCAUUCCAACUGAAUUAUCUGCUAUUACUGUGGUUAUGAGGUAUUGGUCCGACCUCAACCCUGCUGUUUGGGUAACAAUAUUUGGUGUUGCCAUGGUUGUUGUAAAUUCCUAUAACGUUAGAUGGUAUGGUGAAAUUGAGUUCGUGUUUGGUUUAUUGAAACUUUCAUUGAUUAUUAUAUUGGUUGUUGUAGGGCUCGUGAUCGAUCUUGGUGGUACUGGAGAUAGAAUUGGUUUCAGGUAUUGGGUAGAUCCUGGUCCUUUUGCUGGUAGAAUCUUUCCUGGGUCUUUAGGUCAUUUCAUUGGUUUUUGGUCAGCUAUCAACUCAGUAGUUUAUUCUUAUGGGGGUGUUCAAGCUGUUAGUUUAUUAAGUGGAGAAACAACUUAUCCAAGGAGAUCGAUCUACAGAGCAGCCAAGAAAGUGUUCUUCAUCACUUUUUCCUUUUACUUAGCAGCUGUCUUCAUGUUGUCAUUGAUUGUUCCAUCGAAUAACAAAGUGAUUGCUUCCCCAACCGGUACAGCUAGUGCUUCUCCUUUUGUUGUUGCUAUGUCGGGACAAAUCGAUGUCUUACCUCACUAUAUUAAUGCAGUGGUUGUAACUUCUGCUUUAUCGGCUGGAUUCUAUUCCAUUACUAAGUCAAGUAGAGUAUUAUUUGCAUUGGCUGCAAAAGAUCAAGCACCAAAAAUUUUCCUCAGAGUUAAUAGAAAUGGUUUACCCUAUGUUGCCGUUAUAUUCGUUUGUGCUUGGAUACCUUUAGCUUACAUGGCAUGCAGUUCAGGUUCAGCCAAUGUGUUUAGUUGGUUCCAAAACAUUACAUCUUCGAAUCUUCUACUUGGUUGGAUUAUCAUCUCACUUAAUCAUAUUUUCUUGAAUAGAGCAUUAAAAGCUCAAGGAUAUAGUAGAAAGGAUUUACCUUAUACUUUCCCAGGUACCGUAUUUGCUUCAUGGUAUGCAUUAUUCUUCUCGGCCUUAUUUUUACUCACUGGUGGGUUCAUUAAUUUUAUUCAUGGUCAAUGGGACUUUGGUUCAUUCUUCGGUGCUUAUUUCAUUAUUCCUUUAUCCUUGAGUGUGUUUAUUGGUCAUUCUAUCUGGAGUAAGAAGUUUAUAAAUAAUCCUGCUGAAGUUGACUUGAAAAGUUUAUUCCAACACGUUCAAGACAAUCCUGAACCUCCGUUCCCAAAAUUGAAAGGGUUGAAGAAAAUUAACUAUCUUUGGUCCUGA